AUGGCCUCUAAAACUUCUCAACAAGAUCUGAGGCGCCCUUCUUUUGCAAAGGUGGCGGCAAUGCACCCUCCACCAACACAGCAAAACCACACUACGCAGAUUGAAAGUGCCACUGACAGCCCAAUUCCGACUCAUGAAGCCUCGAGUGAUUCAAAAAGCGAUCGUCGUGAACUGCCCCAGGACCUAAACCAGAAAGCGCACGAUGAUAAGGACCAUGGUGCCAAUUCGGAAUCUGGAGACGGCAAUGAUGAUGGUGCGGCUAAGCCCGAGCUGGCCUUUGAAGACGACCAAACGCAUCUUUCAAAUUCUUCAACCAAACCAACGAGCUUUGAUUCUAAGAGCAUGGUUUCUGUGACGACUUUUGCUAUGGAUGAAAAAGAAUCAUUGCGCCCAGAUGAUAGCGCUAGCGUCCAAGCAGCGGAAGAGGAUGACUCUUUCUCGGGACCGGCUUCUGGUGCACCAAAUUCCCAAGUCGGCUCAGAGGCGGGUGGACGCUUGUAUCGCAUAACCGACCAGGGCACUUUGUCUGACCGCAUUCCUAACAGAACACGACUUAAUAACACAGGUGUCCCGGGAAUCAUCUCCUCGAACGGCCCAAGUGAACCAAGUCUCCAUAGUUUCCCCAAUGAACCGGAUGAGAAGUUGCUUGAUGCGAUGAACUCGCCAAAGGACCGGUUAUUGAUUCUUCAAUUGGAGGAGAAGAUAAUUGCAUUCAUUAAAGAUUCCGAUGAACAGUCUUUGGAAUUGCCUCCGUGCAACGCAUUUGGACGUCUUCUUGCGCAUAAACUCGAACCCCUUGGUGCAGACUGUGAGUUCUCAAACCUAGCCUUAAAUCUGUAUUAUAAAAUUGGCAGCUCACUAAACUCGAGACUUAGGCCCACUCCUUUAAAUAUGCUCCAACCACCCAAUGCAAACAAAACCCCCCCUCCAAAUGUACCGGCGAUGAAAAUCAUGCGUCGCUCCGGUCAACCGGGGGAAAGAGUGUCGGGUGCAGGAAGCACGGCACCUAGUUCAGCAGCCCCUUCAAAAGCUACAUCAGAAGCCGGCGGUACUAAUGAGGAAGGGUUUGGAUCAUCUGCUGGAGCCACUCCAGCGAAAGACCGGGCGACCCUGAGUCGAGAGGAGCGUGAAGCAAAAUAUCAGGAGGCUCGAGAGCGGAUAUUUAGAGAUUUCCCAGAAUCUAAGGUCUCCGACCAUUCAAACAGCGGAGAUCAGAGUGCAAAUGUAUCGCGGUCCAACUCCGGGAAUGGCAAACGAAAGGGACAUAAACAGAGAACGCCACAUGAUGACAGUUUCGAGGCACGGUCCCAAUUCAAUGCGUACUAUCCGGGAGCUCCAUACUCUAGUGCACCACUUCCAUUUAAUGCAAUCUCCCCCGUAUUCAGGGUUUUCUCCAGUCAACCAAAUACCGCCAAUUGUUCCUCAGCAGCCUUCAACAAGAUCCUCUCCUGGAAUAAGUUCAUAUUCCCCCCAUCCAAGCACUCUCUCGUUCCAGCAACAGAGCUCUUCAACCUGGAGCCAGCCACAGUACCAAACCGUGUAUCCUCCAUCAACUGCUCAACGCAAUCCGUCUAA